AUGCGCACCCUCCUCACUCUCAGGCCACCACAACCUUCAUCACCACCAUGUCUCUUCAGCUCCACAUUUCUCUUCAGCUUCAGACCCAACAAGCGGUUUCACUUCCUCACACCUUGCUCUUCUCUAAAGCAGACAAAGAAGCAGAAAAGAAGUACUGCUCCUAGCACUGCCCCUCAGAGUCUCAGGUGGUUCUUUAGCAAUCCAAGGAGUGAAGAAGAAGGUAGUGGAGGCAGUGCUGGUGGUGGUGGAGGUGGUGAUGAUAAGAGAGGAGGAGAUGGUGAAAAGGGUGGUGAGUUGGAGUUGGAAGGUGACACUGCAAUUAAAGGUACCAUCUUGGCUGGUGUUUUGCUGGUGAGUGUAGUUGGUGGCUUUUCCACUGUUGGGUAUGUCUGCGAGGACCAGAUUAAUGCCUUCUUGACUCAAUAG